AUGUCAGAGGACUCCGACACUCUAACCAGUAAAGUCAGCCUGGAAGAUCCAUCUGAUUCCCCGAUUUCCACGUACUCAGGCCUAGUCUCAGCCGCUUCCCCAAAAGUCUCAAUGUCUCCCAUGUCAAGGAUGGCUUUAAGAUCUGAUUCAUUGACUGAGACUGUGAUGGACUAUCCAUUUCAAUACGGAAGACGAUAUCAUAAAUACCAUGAGGGCGCGUACGUUUUCCCAAAUGAUGAGAAGGAGUCAGUUCGCCUGAAUAUGCAGCACCACAUGUUCAAGCUAGUUAAUAAUGGACGGCUAUAUUUUGCUCCGCUACAAGACCCUAGGAAGAUGCUUGAUAUUGGUACUGGUACCGGGAUAUGGCCGAUAGAAAUGGCUGCUCUAUUCCCCAAUGCCGAGAUUACAGGUACCGAUCUUUCGCCCAUUCAACCGACUGUAGUCCCUGAGAAUGUCCAUUUCCUGGUUGAUGAUGCGGCUGAGGAGGAGUGGCUCUGGCACCACGACUACUUUGACUAUAUUCGUCUCGCCCACUUAACGGGAGGAAUACCUUCAUCUGAAGAGCUCCUACGAAAGUCUUUACAGCAUUUGAAGCCCGGCGGCUGGCUCGAAUGUCACGAAAUGGACCCUAAGCCCAUGUGUGAUGAUGGCACGAUGCCCCCGGAAGCUGAAGAGGGCGGUCUUAGUGCAUUCGCUCUCCACGACUGGUGGAGAGCUCAACAUCAAUCGGGCCAGUUUACCAAUCCACCAAGGCAGUUCCGAAUUGCGCCUCGAAUAGAGCGAUCCAUGAUAGAGUCGGGAUUUGUCGACAUCCAGCAACGGAUUAAAAAAGUUCCAACGAAUCCGUGGCCUUCUGAUCCCGAGAUGAAGGAGAUUGGCUUCCACAGUGAGAGAAACUGGCUAGAGGCUUUAUCCGGAUGGUCAUAUAAGCCGCUUACAUCCCUCGGGUGGACGAGGCCAGAAAUCGAAGUCUUUCUCGUCAAUGUGCGGAAGGCUAUUCGGAAUCGGGAUGUCCACUGCUACACGAAUUAUCAUGUGGUGAUAGGCAGGAAGCCAUUCCCUGAUGAGAAAGAAGCAUUAUAA